CCGCCCCACCUCCCUGCCGCCUCCCUCCCUGUCUCCUGGCUGCGCCCCGGCCGAGCGCCCCCUCCUCUCUUCCCCUCCUCCCUGCGUACCCCGCCCGUGAUCGCAUCGCGAACCCCUCCCGCCGCGCGGGGCUGGGGGACUCGGCCGCCCCCGCCCCAACUGGGAGGCGGCGGCGGCCAGCCUAGGCUGCAGUGGGGACCGAGAUCCGAGGCCCGGUGGCGGCCCUGCAUCUGGACCGGGCACGCGGGGUCUGUGCCUCUGCGCCCCCAGCCCAGGGCCGCGGUGCCUUGCCUUGCCGCGGACUGGAGGAGGACUCGGCAGCAGACGCCACAGAGUGAGACAGCCUCUGCUUCUUUCCGCAGCAGCCACAGCCUCCUGGGCCCUGGCUAUUGGUGACCAGAGUCGUCCUGAUCCCGCAGCCCGGGCCCACCCGCGGCCCCCCAUGAGCUCGCCCGGCUGACCGGUGAGGCGGCCGCGGUGGAGCCGGCGUGCCCCGAAGGCAGCGGGGCCAUGGCCUCGCUGGACUUACCAUACCGAUGCCCGCGCUGCGGGGAGCAUAAGCGUUUCCGGAGCCUGUCGUCACUGCGCGCGCACCUGGAAUACAGCCACACCUACGAGACGCUCUACAUCCUCUCCAAGACGAACAGUAUCUGCGACGGCGCGGCCGCUGCUGCAGCGGCUGCUGCCGCCGCUUCUGGCUUCCCCCUGGCGCCUGAGCCCGCCGCCCUGCUGGCGGUGCCCGGGGCCCGGCGCGAGGUCUUCGAGAGCACGUCCUUCCAGGGCAAGGAGCAGGCGGCAGGGCCAGCGCCCACGGGGUCGCACCUGCUGCACCAUCAUCACCACCACGCGCCGCUGGCUCACUUCCCUGGCGACCUGGUGCCCGCCAGCCUGCCCUGUGAGGAGCUGGCCGAGCCGGGGCUCGUGCCUGCCGCGCGCUAUGCACUACGCGAGAUCGAAAUCCCACUCGGCGAGUUGUUCGCGCGCAAGUCCGUGGCAUCCUCGGCCUGUUCGACGCCUCCACCCGGGCCCGGCCCUGGUCCUUGUUCCGGGCCCGCCUCCGCAUCGCCAGCUUCGCCAUCACCCGCCGAUGUCGCCUACGAAGAGGGCUUGGCACGCCUCAAGAUCCGUGCGCUGGAGAAGCUGGAGGUGGACCGGAGGCUGGAGCGGCUGAGCGAGGAGGUGGAGCAGAAGAUCGCCGGCCAGGUGGGCCGGCUACAGGCUGAGCUGGAGCGCAAGGCGGCGGAGUUGGAGACUGCGCGACAGGAGAGUGCACGGCUGGGACGCGAGAAGGAGGAGCUGGAGGAGCGCGCAUCUGAGCUUUCACGCCAGGUGGACGUGAGCGUGGAACUGCUGGCCUCGCUUAAGCAGGACUUGGUGCAUAAGGAACAGGAGCUGAGCCGCAAGCAGCAGGAGGUGGUGCAGAUCGACCAGUUCCUGAAGGAGACAGCGGCUCGGGAGGCCAGUGCCAAGCUGCGGCUGCAACAGUUCAUUGAGGAGCUCCUGGAGCGUGCAGACAGGGCCGAGCGCCAGCUGCAGGUCAUCAGCAGCAGCUGUGGCAGCACACCCAGUGCCAGCCUGGGCCGAGGAGGUGGGGGCAGUGCCUCAGGGCCUGGGGUGAGAGGCCCAGGCAGAAUGCGAGAACACCACGCAGGCCCAGCUCUGCCAAGCACAUACGCCGUUUCACGGCAUGGCUCCUCUCCCAGCACAGGGGCCUCCAGCCGUGUGCCAGCUGCAUCCCAGAGCUCAGGCUGCUAUGACAGUGACAGUCUGGAGCUGCCCCGGCCAGAGGAAGGGCCCUCGGAGGACGGUGGCCCUGGGGGCUUGGGUUCUCGGGCCCAGGCUGCCAACGGUGGUUCAGAACGGUCCCAGCCCCCUCGUAGUUCAGGCCUUCGACGACAGGCCAUCCAGAACUGGCAGCGCCGACCGCGCCGUCACAGCACCGAGGGGGAGGAGGGGGACGUCUCAGACGUGGGCUCCCGAACUACUGAAUCAGAGGCUGAGGGCCCCUCGGAUGUCCCACGCCCUGCACCUGCUGUAGCCGGGCCCUUGAACAGCCGCCUCUCAGCCCGCCCUGAGGGAGGCAGUGGGCGAGGCCGUCGGGUGGAGAGAGGUAGCCCCUCGCGCUCCAAUGAGGUCAUCAGCCCAGAAAUCCUCAAGAUGCGCGCCGCCCUCUUCUGUAUCUUCACCUACCUGGAUACCCGCACGCUGCUGCAUGCUGCAGAGGUCUGUCGAGACUGGCGCUUUGUGGCCCGCCAUCCUGCCGUCUGGACCAGGGUGCUGCUUGAGAAUGCCCGAGUCUGUUCCAAGUUCCUGGCGAUGCUGGCUCAAUGGUGCACCCAGGCCCACUCAUUAACGUUACAGAAUCUGAAGCCCCGACAGCGGGGAAAGAAGGAAAGCAAGGAGGAAUACGCCCGGAGCACCCGGGGUUGUCUUGAAGCAGGACUGGAGUCCCUGCUAAAGGCAGCUGGUGGGAACCUGCUGAUCCUGCGUAUCUCCCACUGUCCCAACAUCCUCACUGACCGGUCACUCUGGCUGGCCAGCUGCUACUGCCGUGCCCUGCAGGCCGUCACCUACAGGAGUGCCACAGACCCUGUCGGCCAUGAGGUGAUCUGGGCCCUGGGUGCAGGCUGCAGAGAGAUUGUCUCCCUCCAGGUGGCACCACUUCAUCCUUGCCAGCAGCCCACCCGGUUCAGCAACCGUUGCCUGCAGAUGAUUGGACGCUGCUGGCCCCACCUCCGGGCCCUGGGUGUAGGUGGUGCCGGCUGUGGGGUACAGGGUCUGGCAUCACUUGCAAGAAACUGCAUGCGGCUGCAGGUGCUAGAACUGGACCAUGUGUCAGAGAUUACCCAGGAGGUGGCAGCUGAAGUCUGCCGGGAAGGCCUGAAGGGAUUGGAGAUGCUGGUGCUCACGGCCACCCCUGUCACCCCUAAGGCCCUGCUACAUUUUAACAGCAUCUGCCGGAACCUCAAAUCCAUUGUGGUGCAGAUUGGGAUUGCUGAUUACUUCAAAGAGCCCAGCAGCCCCGAGGCCCAGAAGCUGUUUGAGGACAUGGUGACAAAGCUUCAGGCCCUGCGACGGAGGCCUGGCUUCUCGAAGAUUCUGCACGUCAAAGUGGAAGGUGGCUGCUAACCCGGGUGAGGGGCGGCAGGGCCCCUGCCAGCCCCACACCAAGGCACUCUUUGGACCUCUGGAGGGGCCCUGGCUUGGACUAGACCUUUGGAGGCCUAGUGUUAGGCCAGGUUCCAGACAGUGGUUGAGUAACCCUGUCUAACUGCAACAGCCAAGUGACAGGUGACCCAGAGCACAGCCUCCCCAGGGCAGGGGCUUGGACAGAAGCUGCCCUGAGACCCCCAUGACAUGACAUCCUCAGCUGGCACAGCCUUCUGGCACAACCAGCAAGGAGCUGGCACACCAGCACCUGGUUGUCACCACUCAAGAGGAUCUGCAGUAACCACCCAGCAGCUCCUCAGCUGUUCAGGCAGGUCUCUCCUUCCUGAGGCCAGCUCCUGCUCAGGAGCCUGUCAGGCCACAGGCCAGAAGGGGCUCAAGGCAGCUCAGACAUGGCAAGGAGGACUCUUCUCCCCUUUCCCUGACCAAGCCCUCUGCGAGGCAGUCCCGUCAGACAGUGGGUCUCUCUUCCAGGUCCACGUUCAUUCUCCAGUGAUGAUCCAGGCAAGCCUAGGAACCCAGGUAGAAGGUUAGGGGGAAAUUGGGGCAGGGCCAUAGGGAUAAGGUUAAAAGGGUAAAGGGAAAAAAAAAAAAGCCUGCAACUUCCCAGGACGAGGCCCACACCUCCCUAGCAGGUAAAGGACUGGCCAGUUGGAGGAGACUACUGUAAGACAAAGACUUCUCAUUAUCACACCCCAGAGCGAAGCUUAAAGCAGUCUCUAUACUUAGCUUUUCUUGCUGAGGGACAUCGGGAGGGAGGGAGGGAGGACCCUGAGCUCCCUGUUGUGCUGAGGCUUGGGGGAGAAGGCUUGCUUUCCUUAACAGCUUGCUUGAGGCAAGGAGCCAGAUACUGGUGCCAAGGCAGAGGAAGGAAUGUCCUCAGCCCAUCUUCCCAGGGCUGAGGCUACAAUAGAACACUUGGGGCAGGGUGUCACAGACAGGCCCUUGCACCAUACCCAAAAGUCUGUUUGAGCACCAAAGCCCUGAAGACUGAGCAUCCCUAACUGAGUUCCUCCUCUCAGAACUUGCAGUGGCUAAGGCAUGAGUCUUGGCAAUCCUCACUUGGGCAGAUCUUUCAAAUUCCUGGCCUCUCAUCCAAAUCUUAGGGUUUUCUUUGCUCCUGUACAAGGUGGAAUCGUCUUGUCAAUUUUCUCCAGCUAGGCCACAGCUGGCCACAGCAUGAACCCAGCUAUGAGUGCCGCCUACCACUGCUGUACGCCCUCCCUGCUCAAUGCUCCCAGAUCCCAUAGCUCUGUCCCAGUUUGUCAUCAUGAGUUGUGUGGCUUGUUCUGUCCGUCCUUUGAAGACUGAAAUGCCAAGGCUAUCAUGCUGGACACUCCAUGCCUAGUCCUGCAUGAAACCUCGGCUGUGUGGUAUCUACACCCCUACCUCUCACAGCUGCCUCCAGUUGCUCCCCCCUCUCCAGCCCCGUCCCCAGGAGUCACAGGCAACAGCACAACUUUCCUCGCCUUCAGUGGCUCAGAAGGGAGGUGGAGGUGCACUUGGGGCCCAGCUGCCUUUAGUGGUCAGUUGUUUUGCCAGCUGCAUCUAUGUAGCCCCUGCUCCCUGUGACUCCAAGACCAGAGGUGCUGCCCUUCCUGUCUCCUGGAUAAAGCACAAAGUGAUGUGGUAGUUGGCCAAGCCUGCCCCCAGGGGCUUCCAUUCCUCAGCCCCAGGAUUUGGACAUCUUCCUGGGCAGGGGAGGCACUGGAAUGCCUGGUGUUGAGGGAAACGGGUGGCAGUGCACAGCCAUCAGGGCAGGAAGCAAGGUCAAUAGUCCCAGGCUCUACUACAUCUAACCACAUCCUGAUUCAUGGAGAGGGAACACACCCCUUUUGUUGGCAUAGUCUGCUCUCUGCAAAGCUGUGUCCAAGAAGUCUCACCUGUGUUCUUGCUGAGUAGAGGUGGGUAGAGUAAAACCUAAGCCUUUACCAACCCAAGUGACAGGUCGCUGUGUCCUGGCUGAGUCUUGGGCAUCUUAGUUUUCAGGAAUGCCUUGAGAGCCAGCAGCUCUGCCCCUCACUUGUGGUUCCUUUGCUUUGCCCCCUGGCGACCAACCCUGCUUCUGGUUACUAUGCUUGUUUCCAUCUUGAGCAGUCAAGAGCCAGAGUUGGGGGUGGGGCAUUGGCUUCCUGAGAAGCACCUUAGCCCAUCUUUAGGCACCCCAAAGGGAGCCCUUUGUCCAAAAACACAUGUGAGGGCCUGCAUGCCCUGCUCCAGAAGCACAGGGUCUAUGGAAAGGGCUCAUGGGUGGCAGCCAUCUGGCAUCUCUUCCAAUCCCACCCCCUGCCACACAGCCUGGCUCUAGCACCUGUGAAAUAUAGCAUGUUUGGCCUGAGUACUUCAUGCUUAUGUAGGCUGCUUUUCCCCACAGUAUGGCAAAAAUACAUGCACUCCUUCCCAGAACCUCAGCUUUCUACCCAUCAAGAGAAAGCACCCUGAAAUCGGGUGGUUUUUGUUUUGUUUUGUUUAACCCUAUGACAACAGAGGCCUCUUUCCCAAGGCCUGGAUCCAUCCUUUGCCUUUGAGUCUUUCCUAUCCCCGGCCCUUAUGUAGAAUGCUUCAGAACACAGGCAGUGAGCUGUCAACCCCAGUCUCUGUAAGGCGCUAAGUUGAAUGAAAACUUCCCAGAGUGACAAUUGGUGCCAAAGACAUAGCUUCUGGUGAACUUGGAAGAAGUGCGACUGAGUGGGAUAUGGCCCAGUGCCCAGAGGAGUUAACCACUGAUGGGAUCUACCCCAGCCUGUCAGCCCCUAAUGACCUGGCAGUCUUUCUACCCUUGGUGGCCACACUUUCUCAUCCAGCCUUGGCUCAGGCCAACAUCUCUGUAUAUAUUACUAUGUAGUGUGUAUAUUUACUCCUGGACAAGUGAGCUCAGUUGUAGUCCUUGCCCAGGGACAAGGCUGAAGGUUGGGUGAAGAGCAGAACAUGAGGCUUUCCUCAACUCUUUGGGACCUUAGUCCAAGACUGCCCGACAAUCAAGCAGGCACCCCACCAUGAGGCCAGCCCCUGAGGAGGCUUGCCCUGGAACCCCAGCCUCUGCUCAUCCCUGGCAGGGGUCUCAGAGGCCUGAGGUGGCUCAGGCUUGCCUUGCAGCUGGUGCAGUUGGCUUGGCUCAGAGGGCACUGCCUUCCCUGCACAGCCAGGCUGCAUCCUGCCCCCGGCACACUAGGCAGAGGGGCUGAGAGCAGCUUUUGGUUUUACUUUUGUUUCUAAAGUGGUGCCUGUACCUCCAGCCCCCAGGGGGCCUUCCCUGGCCCCACUUAUCUGCCCCACCCAGGCAUUGCCAUCCCAGCACUUUGCUCCAUGUCACCCAGAUGCCCUUUGCCGAAUGUAUUGAGCAUAUGUAUUUAAAAGGACUCAUGGGCAUCAGAGAAUUUAUGGUUCUGUAUCCAAUAAAAGAUGAUGAAACUGAAAAA